UGGUUGGGCUUGUUGGACUUGGAGAAAAAUUUUGAUUUUCUGCUGAACUGCUGUGCUGUUUAUUUUAAUAAUUUCUAACUAAUAUUUUUGGAGUUUGAACAUUUCCUCUAACGAAUUGUUCAUUUUUAAAAACGGGUUUCUUGAUUUCAUUGCAAUAACUUGUAAGUUACACUCCCAAAAAUUUGAAAUCAAGUGUAUUAUUUGACUAUAAAGCAACUGUUGUUAAAAAUCAAUACGUACCUUUUAUUGUUUUCUUUAACAUGGCUGGCCCUAUGGAGAGAAUUCAGGUAUUAGAUGAUAUAGAAAAGGAUAUUAUCACAUGCUUACAGUGUGCAGCUCAAGCAUUGUUGGAAUUGGGGAAAGAGAAGUCUAGCCAAAAACAAGCUGAAAGCAAUACCUCUCAAUUUUUAAGAACACUGAGUCAAGUUGAAUCAAAAUUAAGUGACCAAAUAAAUUAUUUGACUCAAGUUUCUACUGGUCAGCCACAUGAAGGAUCAGGGUAUGCUUCCCAGAAAGUGUUACAAAUGGCUUGGCACAGAUUAGAACAUGUCAGAUCUUGGGUGAAUGAGCUAGACAGACUCAAAGCAUCUCAUUUGGCUACUGCAAAUAGAACAGCAGGUGUUUCAAAUGGCAAUAUGACAUCUUCUGGCACAAGUACUCAAUAGCUUUGUAUUUAAAAAAUAAAUUUUAUGUUUUAGUGAUAAAAAAUAAAGUACUACUUUUGUCUUGUAUGUACUCA